AUGAAAGAUAAAAACAAUACCAACUUUCUGGCUGAUUUCCUUACAGGAGGUGUCUCCGCUGCCAUAUCCAAAACGGCCGUUGCACCCAUUGAACGAGUUAAGAUGUUGAUUCAAACUCAGGAUAGUAUACCUGAUAUUAAGUCUGGUAAAGUGCCCAGAUAUACUGGAAUUUUCAACUGUUUUACCAGGGUUAUUGCUGAGCAGGGUGCAGGAUCGCUAUGGCGCGGUAACCUGGCCAAUGUUGUGCGGUACUUUCCCACACAAGCCUUCAAUUUCGCAUUCAAAGAUUAUUUCAAGAACAUAUUCCCCAAGUACGAUCAGAAUAAAGAAUUCUUCAAGUUUUUUGGGGCUAAUGUGGCGUCUGGAGGUCUAGCGGGCGCAAGUUCGUUACUUAUUGUUUACCCACUAGACUUUGCCCGUACUAGGCUUGCGAGCGAUGUGGGUAAGGGCAAUAAUAGAGAAUUUACUGGCCUAAUAGACUGCCUAUUCAAGAUAAAUAAGAGUACUGGGCCAUUAUCACUAUACAAGGGAUUUGGAAUAUCAGUACAGGGAAUUAUUGUAUACCGUGGUGCAUAUUUCGGAAUGUACGACACAGCCAAAUCUAUUUUGUUCGGUCUCGAUGAAAAAUCGGUCAAUUUCUUAUACAAAUGGGGAGUGGCACAAGCAGUGACGGCACUUGCUGGGAUAUCAUCUUACCCUUUUGAUACUAUAAGAAGAAGAAUGAUGAUGAUGUCGGGUAAAAAAUCUGGUGCAGAGGUUAUGUAUACAGGAACCUUGGAUUGCUUUAAAAAAAUAAUGAAAAAUGAGGGGGUUUGCGGUUUUUAUAAGGGUGCAUUGGCAAAUGUUCUGCGUGGGGCUGGGGGUGCUCUAGUGUUGGUUUUUUAUGACGAAUUAAAGAAAUUUAUCUCUAUGGCCACAUAG